GAAAGAGAAAGAAAGAAAGAAAGAAAGAAAGAAAGAAAGAAAGAAAGAAAGAAAGAAAGAAAGAGAGAGAAAGAGAGAAAGAAAGAGAGAAAGACAGAGAGAGAGACACAGAGAGAGAAAGAAAGAAAGAACGAAAGAACGAAUGAACGAAAGAACGAAAGAACGAAAGAAAGAACGAAAGAACGAAAGAAAGAACGAAAGAAAGAACGAAAGAACGAAAGAACGAAAGAACGAAAGAAAGAACGAAAGAACGAAAGAAAGAACGAAAGAAAGAACGAAAGAACGAAAGAACGAAAGAAC